AUGGCAGUACACCUGGUUUUCGGACUACUCUGCUCGGUCAAUCUGGCAUGGGCAGUGACUCCAGGACAAAUUCAAAAUUAUCUCAAAACUCAACUGUCCCCUAGCUCGGAAGUUGUACUCUCUAGUUCCCAGGCCUACACUACCGAGAUCAAGCAAAGGUGGAACGCCUAUGAUGCGCCUUCCUUUGUUGUGGGUGUAAAACCUGCCACUGCCAAUGAUGUCGCGACUAUCGUCCAUUAUGCUUCAAGCAACAGUAUUCCGUUCAUGGGAACAGGUGGCGGCCAUGGUUAUACCAUAACUACUAGCGCCCUGAAGAACGGAAUCAACAUAGACCUCGGUGGCUUCAAGGGAGUCUCAAUUAAUUCUGCAGCAAGCACAAUGACUAUUGGAGGCGCUGUCACUUUUGGAGAAGUUUUGAACCCCGUUUAUCAAGCUGGAAAAGAGAUACAGACUGGAUCUUGCUCAUGUGUUGGAAUGGUUGGCGCCACCAUAGGUGGCGGCAUUGGUGUCUAUCAAGGUCUCCAUGGUCUGGUCAUAGACGCACUCCAGUCGGUGACCAUUGUGACCGGAAAGGGGGACAUUGUUAAUGCAUCACUUUCCGAGAAUAGCGAUCUGUUUUGGGGCAUCAGAGGCGCCGGACAGAACUUUGGUCUCAUAACCUCUGCUACUUACAAAUUACAUGACCAGACCAAUCGUGGCCAGGCUUUAAACGGCGAUUUUCUUUUCCCAGUCAGCGCCAAUGCCACUAUUUUCAACGUCCUAAAGUCGUUCACUCGGAAUCAGCCGGAUGCUUUAGCACUUACGAGCGCCAUACAAUACUCUCCUACUUUGAACAAGGUCGUCAUAAUGGUUAAUGCCGUCUACGUAGGCGCAGAAAAUGAUGGGAAAAAGAUCCUUCAGCCAUUACUCUCCGUCAAAGCCCUCCAGUCCAAUGUGACCAUGAUUCCAUACAACCGUCUUAUCCUGGAAAAUCGAUUUGGUGUCGAUCCUCUCGGCUGUAUCUCAGGCCUUCCACAAGCGUCAUAUGGCAUGAAUCUGUAUCAGUAUGAUGUUGCGACCUACCAGAAGACACUUGCUGCGUAUAUUGACUUCUAUGCCGCAACUAAUCUGACAACAUCAUACAUGGUCACAGAGAUAUUCCCUACUAGAGUCUCGCUCAGUACACCAGACAAGGCUACAGCGUAUCCGUAUCGAGCCACAAUGGCGUAUCUAUUUAUGAGCUUUAGUGGCUUCACAACUGAUACCCAGACAUCUGCUAUCGCGAAGUUCGCGAAAGAGAUACGUGGAAAUUUUGCAAAGCUCAAUGGCGCAAAGGGGCUCGAGGUCUAUGUUAACUACGCACAUGGCGAUGAAGGUCGCAACGCUUGGUACACUGCAGCAAAACUUCCGCAACUUGAGCAACUCAAGCGAAAAUGGGAUCCGCAAAACCUUUUCAAUUUCACGAACGGUUUUGCUUACUAG